AAACAAACCACUGAAUCGUUACUUGAAGUUGUUUUAUUUGAGGCAUAUGUAUCUUUGUAAGCUUCGCAUUACGAAUUCAGUAGGUACCGCACUGCAAUCCAGAGACUGGUUCGUGCAUUCGCGUCGAUUUCAAUUAACUGUCAAGCUUUUACGAUGCUGUGGAUAAUAUUAUUAAUAACUAUUCUGGCAUGUAUCAGUUCAGUAUACCCACUCUAGUUAUUAAGGAUCCUGAGUUACUUAAACAGCUAACUGUCAGAGAUUUCGACCACUUUACUGAUCAUCGAAUAUUAGUAGAUGCUGACGCAGAUCCAUUAUGGUCUGGAAACUUAUUUGCUUUGACAGGUCGGAAAUGGAAAGAUAUGAGAGCCACCCUGAGCGGUUCAUUUUCGAGCAGCAAAAUAAAGAGAAUGUUCCAUGUCAUGAAUGGGGCUGCGGAAAAUUUUGUAAUUUUUUUUUUAAACAAAAAUGAAACACUCAUAGAAGUAGAAAUGAGGGAUACGUUUUCGAGAUUUGCCAACGACAUAAUUGCUACAACCGCUUUUGGGAUCGAAGUGGAUUCGCUCAAAUCUCCAAACAACCCUUUCCACAUAAUGGGAAAGCGGAUCACAGAUUAUUCUUCUCUGAUCAAACGCUUGCGAUUUUUCGCAUUUCUGAUAGCGCCGCGAGUGGCAAAGUUGCUGAAAAUUGGUCUAUUUGAGAAAGACAUAUCAUCGUUUUUCUACAAAACUAUUAAGGAGACUAUUCAAGUUCGAGAAGAAAAAGGAAUCGUUAGAGAGGACAUGUUAAAUAUAUUAUUAGAGGCAAGAAAAGGAACUCAACAUGAAUAUUCUGCAGCCAUUGAAACAGGUUUUGCUACUGUCAAAGAAUAUACACAUUCUGGUAAAGGGUCACAGUUCGCUAAUUUAACAGAUGACGAUAUAGCUGCUCAAGCAAUGGUUUUCUAUGUGGCUGGAUUUGAAACUAUUUCAAAUGCCUUGUGUUUUGGUUCUUAUGAACUGGCAGUUAACAAAGAAAUACAGAAUAAAUUAAGAAGUGAAAUUGUUGAAACCCACAGGUUAAAUGGUGGCAAAGUAACAUAUGACUCUUUGCUGAAGAUGAAGUAUAUGGAUAUGGUGAUAUCCGAGAUUUUACGAAAGUGGCCGCCUGCAGGAGUAGUAGACAGGGUUGCUACUAAACCGUAUACUAUUGAGCCAGUAAACGCCGAUGAAAAACCUGUUCAUUUAAAAAUUGGCGAUUUAUUUUGGAUUCCAAUGUUUGGAUUUCAUCGAGAUCCGAAAAAUUUCGAAAACCCCACAAAAUUCGACCCGGAAAGAUUUUCAGAUGAGAAUAAAGGCAAUAUCAAGCCGUACACAUAUGUGCCUUUCGGUGCUGGUCCUAGAAACUGUAUUGCUUCAAGAUUUGCGCUUUUAGAACUGAAGACUUUAUUUUAUCACUUGCUGUUGAACUUUGAAAUUGAACCAACCAAAGUAACAACAGUUCCGUUGAAGUUAUGUAAAAAAUCAUUCCGUCCUUCACCAGUAGGUGGUUUUUGGUUAGGAUUAAAGCGACUUACAUGCACUUAAGUUUGUUGGAAAGCAUAUCAUUACUACUGACUUUUUAGACUAAUUUUAUUUAUGCAGCCAACCAAAAAUACGUCAUAUUUCUCAUUGCUGCUACCUAGGUAGUGUUAGCUCAUAACACUAAAAGUAUUAUAAAUUAUAUUUAAUUGACAAUAAAUUAAAUGUUAACAAAUAAAA